ACUAUUGGUUUUGAAAAAUAUUUCUAAGCAAGGGGCGUAAAAACUAAUCGCUUUAACAACUUUAUGACGUAAUUUUGUUACAUGUGUGCUGUAUUUAUUUGAGACCUUAGCUUGAAUGUCAUGUGUACAAGCCAUAAAUUGUGUUGUAAAAUCCAAAUGCAAUGAAUCAGCAUAUUCCUUAUACAUUGAGUUGGAUGUAGUUCAAUAUCGUAGAUUUCAGUUUGAGUUGCAAAGUGUAGUAUCGUAAUACUUUCGCUCUGUCACUGCUUUUUACUGUGGAGUGUUCAGUUUCGGUGCGAACAUGCAUCAAGAAUAAUUUACUUUUUGAGAUUUUUCAUUUGCUUCAUAAUUAUUAAUAAAAGUAUAUUCACGCAUAGAAACGUAAUGCAUAUAUUUUUUAUAUACGACACUACAUACUGUAAAGCAGAUGAAGAUGAUCCUAAAGAUGCCAUAAUUUAUUUUUUUCCAAUUCAGGCUUCUGAGACCCAGCGUCAUUCAUUAUGCUGUCAGCUUGCUGGAGUGGCUAAAUUUGUAAAAAGUACAUUUUCUAGUCCAUCAGUUAUAGCUUUAGAUCAAGGAAAGUUUGUAUUUCAUUGGUGUGGAAAAUAUUUGCUAGUUCUUGGUGGAAGUAAUGAUGUUCAUGCUAGUGUUCUUAAGAAGCAGCUUUCAUUUUUAUGUGGUAUAUUUUGUUUCUAUCAUGGAAGUAUAAAUAACAUUCUUAAGGAAUGUAGAAACAACAGAAAUGAAUUCCUGGCAAGAUUAGAAUUAGCUUGGUCUCGCUAUAUCACCUUCUCUCAGUGCUUUGACAAUGCACUGAAGCUAUCAAUGAAUGCUCUGCCAUUGGCAACUGUCCAAAAAAGUACUCCAGUUGCUGGAAAAGCCAACCAGUUGUUGCACAUGUGCCAGAUGAGUUCUUCAGUAAUUGCAGGAGCUGUUUUCUUGAACAGUAGAGUCUUAGCUUCUCAACUAACUCCUCAACACACAAGUUUCUUGUCUUUGAUGUCUAAUUUUAAUGCAUCAUCACCAGUUAGCAAUGUUGGAAAUAAAUUAUGCAGUCUCCCUCCAGAUGUUGAAUUGAAAUAUAUAUAUUUGACAAAAAAGGCAGUUGGAAGUAUUUUGAAAUAUAAUCAUCUAUAUGCAGGAAGUCCUGUACGAGUGAAAAGUGCUAAUAAAACCAGUUUGAAGUCAUCGCCAUCUACAGCUUCACAUGAUAACAGUAUUAGCUCUGGUUCUGAAGGUGAUGUAGAUUCUGGUAACUGCAGUCAAAAUACCCGAGGAAAUAAAUAUGAAAUUUCACACUUUAGAAAGUUGAGCAGUGGAUCAAAACCAUAUGAAAAAUUAUCUAGUAGAAGAAAAUCAUCAAGUUUUUCAUGCUGUGCAUUACACUCAGGAUUAUUUAAAAGAGAUUUAAUUGUCAGCAAAAAUCACAGCUGCUUUAAAUUGCUAUCAAAUCAUUGUGCUAUCAAACACUUUAAUGAAAAAAAUAAUUUCCAAACUAAAUUAGAAAUAAUUAGUAGAUCUGCAGUGAAAAAUAAAACUAACUGUGUCAUUAUAGCUUCUCCUGCCAGCGUACUUUGUUACCGUCAUGCAUCUAUUUGUGCAAAGAGCUUUGUGUCUAAAUCUAAAGUGAAACAUUUGAAUAUAAUUAGUUAUUGUGAUUUGGAAUUUAGCUGUCCUUUGUGCCUUGGCUAUUAUACAUCUCUCACAGCUAAUUCUUUCACUUUAAAGCAAUGGGAUUCAGAAUUGCAUUUAUCACCUCUGGUGAGUCAGGUACCUACAUUUCAGCAGACAAUGAAGUUGUUUUUGAAACAUUCAAAUACCACAUGUGAUGCUUCACAAAAAGAAAAUAAAACUAAAAAUUGUAGAUUACAAGUUUUAAGAUGUAGAUCCAAAAGUGAAAAUUUUCCUCGUUAUAGAACAAAGCACAGUAAUGGAGCUCAUGAAGAAAGAAAAUAUUCUUGUGAAAAUUAUGAUCUAUUAGAUGCAGUAUCACAUAAAGCAAAAAAAUAUUUAUCUUUUGCUUCACCAGACAAUGAAAAAAAAUGUGAUGAUAUAGAAAACAAUGAAUUGCAAAAAACUGUUCUUUAUGUCCAAAGAUGUGGUGGCAGCACUCUUCUUUUACUUCUAAACAAGAGUUAUGAUGAAAAAGUUUUGAAUUAUUUGUGGAAUUGUGGUUUCACGAUACUUCGAGAUUUAGAAACCAGUGCAGAGAAAAAUAUUGGUGAAAAUUUUUAUGAAACAGAGCCUCUGUUUCUUACGUUGCUCUACAAUCAUUCACUGAAGGUUCUAAAAGAAUAUCCAUCUUACCCAUAUGGAGGACUUUUAGGAAAACAUUCCAAUGAAUCCAUUCAGGUUAUUCAAAAAGAUUUUCUAUCAGACUCCUAUCUUCAAUCAAUUUGUCUUCUGUCACCCAAUUAUAGCCUUUUUGCUACACAUGCAGAUUCACAUUCUGCAUUUUACCUGCAAAGUGAAAAUAAUUCAAGCAAGUUGGAUACAUUAAGCAACUUGAGCAAAAAAGCUCUCCGAAGACUAGAAAAGCAUUUUAGAAUAAAUUUAUAGCUUUUUUAGUAAUGAUAUAAGGUUUAAUUACUAUAAAAAUAUCUCUUUUAAGAAUUGCUAACUACAUUUUCUUCAGAGAAAAAAUUUUGUAAUACAGUCAAUUUAAUAGUCCUGACGAGUCCGGAUUAAGUCGUUAAUCCGGACUCGUCAGG